AUGCAAUUUGACUUCCUGGAUUCCUCCUUGAAGAUACUCAGGUUUGUUAAUUGGGGAGUAGAAGAACCUGAAGCGAGGGCAGUUCAGCACAAGUUGGACCAAAUUACAGCCAGAUUGUCCCUCCUUCUUGGAUAUACAGUGCCACAAAUUGAAAUAAAACAUGUCACUGGUAUUACAAUAGCUCUGAGAGGACUUGGGGGCCUUGUGUUUAUCUACGGUAGCUCCACUGGAGCUUAUCUUCUGAUGCUUUAUUUGGCAUUUAUCUCUCCUAUGAUCUAUGAUUUCUACAACUAUCACAUUGAGGAGCCAGAAUUUUUUCAAGUUUUUGCAAUGUUUACACAGAAUUUGGCUCUCUUUGGUGCAUUGCUCUUUUUCAUAGGAUUGAAUAACAGAAUGCCGAAAAGACAACCCAAGAAGAAAGGGGCUCCCAGGUCAAAGAAAGCAGCCCCAGCUCGAAAUCAUGGUUAA